AUGUAUCUUGCGAAAAGACAGUCCCGGAUUGACGAUCCAGCUGCCCUGAGCGCGCUCACAGCGCUGGGAAGAGUAUGGUGCAAAGCCGUGUUUACAGGCUGUAAACAAGGCCUUCGAAACCACACUGCCCUCCUCAGUUUUACCUGGGCAAGGGAUGUGUUUGUCUACAAAGCAAGGAACACCAUUGUGACUCUUGGUGGUAAACCAAGCAAGACUCGUGUUAUUUGGGGUGAAGUGACCCGUGCUCAUGUAAACAGAGGCAUGGUACCUGCAAAGUUCAGCAGUAACCUGACCGCUAAAGCUAUUGGGCCUAGGAUCCAUGUGAUGCUCUAUCCAUCAAGGAUCUAA